GUGAUCACGUGUUGUCAGCUCCAAGUCAGCGAAGUUGUUGGAAAAGUUUUGACAAGACCAAGGAUCUUCGACACGGCUGCAAAGAGACCAGGAUCGGCGAUUCAUAACCGCUCCUAAACUCUGAUUUUGAGUCUGGAGAAACAAUGGCAUCCGUUGCGCAGAAAGUGAUGACUUCGGGAUUCAGUCUUGACUUUGGACCUCUUAAAGAGCCUUUGGCAUUCAUCCGUUUGCUAGAAUGGGUCUUCUCCAUAUUUGCCUUUGCUACAACCGGAGGUUACAGCGGCUCAUCCAGCAUCAAUGUCAAAUGCAACGGAACAGAAAAUAAAGAAAUAACAGCAAACUUUAACUACCCAUUCAGGUUGAUGGAUCAUCCCUACGCUGUCCCUAACUGUAAUGAAACGUCCACUAAUUACUUUCUGACUGGAGACCACUCAUCCUCUGCGCAGUUUUAUGUCUGUAUUGGUGUGUUUGCGUUCCUCUACAGCACCGCCACGCUAAUCAUCUAUUUGGGUUACAACCACUUGUACAGGGAACCUAGUCGGGGCCCCAUCCUGGACCUGUUGUUGACUGCGGUGUUCGCCUUCCUGUGGUUGGUAUCAUCGUCUGCUUGGGGUAAAGGUUUGUCUGAUGUCAAGAGGGCUACCGAUCCUACAUUCUUGCUGACUCUUAUUGAAGUUUGCAAAAAUAGCGUGCACACGUGCACAGCGGGGGCUCUGCCUUUCAUGGGUCGAUUGAAUGCCUCUGUGGUAUUUGGUUUUCUUAACCUCAUCUUGUGGGGAGGCAACUGCUGGUUUAUUUACAAGGAAACGCCUUUCCACAAAUCAGCCAACCCACCUGCAAAUGUGGAGGGGUGACCGAAGCCAUUCUAACUACACAGCCACUUCAUUUUUAAAAUAGUCUAACACGUAGUGUUCCUACACAAAUACUUUUGGUUAGGACUGCAAAAGGAAAAAUACUAUUCUACGUAUAACAAAUGUAUUUCAAACUGACUGCUCUUUUUUUGCAGUAUUAAUUUCAGAUCUGGAUUUUCUCUCAAACACAUUUCACAAAGAACAUUUUUAUAUCUAUGCAUCAAAUAUGAAGGGCCCCUUAUUUCUAAUGAGACUAUGGAUGUGCAGUAUUUUGUAACCAUAUAUUCUGCAUUCAGAUUUUUUUUUUUUAAAGGCUCAGGGCUGUUGAGUGUAUGAAGUGCAAGAAACCUAAUAAAUAAAAUAUAGUUUAAGUGCAUUGAUUCUUAACACAACUGUAGACUGUGGAUAUGAAUUUCAGCACAAUCUUAAUUAUAAAGGCCUGAAAAUAUAGAGUUCCAAAAAAUUCAUUAAAAAAUUGCCAGUGUGAGAUUGUUUAAAGUGGGUCAGAGUCCUGUUUAAUCUUUUUUGUUAUUACGCCUCAUCAUCUAUUCACGUCAGGCUGAUUUCACUUGUUUAGACUAACGGCUAAAUAUUUUGUUGAAUGUGAUGCCUCUGUUCAUUAGGAACAUGCCAACUCUUUAGGAAUUUCACAUUUCUCACGAUUGCUUGGAAUUAUAAGAUAUUUAUUGGGUGUUUCUCCCAAUAGGACCUGCAUUUUUCUGUUUCUAGAUCUUUCUAAAUCAAGAAGUGUGUUUAAAUUGAGGAGUUUGUAUUAAAAUGACAUUGUUCAAUACACUAUUUCAGUAAUGUUGUCAACCCUCUUGUGUGAGCUUAGCUACUUAUUGGUUCUUUUGUUUUGUUUUUUCUUAAACAGUUGACUAAUCUCUUGCCUGUUUUCAGUAAUUGUAUAUUUCUUAUCUCUCUUUUGCGAGGCUUCUACCUCCUCUUUGUUAUAAGGGAAUGCAAGCCAUCUGCCUUAAUUUCCACCACUCUUAUGAUUUUCUACUUUUUGUGGACUCGCUUGAUUCCCAGUUUCCAGCUUUAUCAAUCAAAUUGUUGUUAAAAAUGCUACAGAAGAGAAUGGAGUCUGUGGUCGAAUACAGAAAGAAAUUGUGUGGACAUGAAAUGUCUUGCUUGAUUAAAAGAAAGAACCACA